AUUGGCGCGUAGAUGACGUGCUUUCGUUUUAUCCACAGAAUGACCGUGACGAUGAAGGCGAAGCAUUCUAUUCUGUUGCCAGUUUAGCUCUGUCCUCGCUCCAAUGGCGACCAUCGCUAUGACUCUUACGAAGAUCAACCUCGUCCGAAUUUCUCCAUCUCUGUCCUCUUCCUCCCGCUCUUCCUUAAAUCCUACGCGUUGUUCGUCAAUCCAGCAGGUCCAGGUUGAUUCAACAAUCGCUUGCGAACCUUGUAAUGGCAAAGGAUGGAUAGUGUGUGAUUUCUGUGAAGGGCAGAAGACUAAUGUGAAGGCCGAGAACAAUCGUGUCUACCGACGCUGUCCGUCUUGCCGCGCUGUUGGAUAUGUUCUAUGUUCAAAGUGCAAGGUUUUCAAGUGUGUUACUUUCCCAAACUACAGCGACGGUGUAGAUUUAUCUUUUUGAACGUCAGACACUCAACAAAGUAACUCAACCAUCAAGAACAAGUAUCCACUUUGAUUGCAAACUUCUUCAUUCAUUCACAUAUGUUUGGAGUUCAUCGAUGCACGGGCAAUGAUAUCAAGUAAGUUUUUCUACUAAGUUGUAUAUUGCUUUUCACCCUAUAUAUAUUUUUUUUAUAUGAAAAAGAAAAAUCUUUGGUUCAUGAUAUCAUUAGGAAACAACGAAUGCAUGCAAUGGAUAUUAUUUUUCUAUAUUGGA